UGCACAUGUGUCGAGAUUCCUCCUUUCGAUCAGCUUAGCUUACGUUGCGCGGGCUGUUAAGUUUGUGCUUCUGCAAAGUGUUAUCACGAGUUGGCUGAUGAUUGUGGGAGUCGGAGUAGAGUUGCGCCUCAACGCUCAUUAAUAAUACUAUUGAUCGUUCGAGUUGUGACCAAUAUAUUUUACGAAUAAUGAAAGUGCAGCGAGCGUUUAGACAAAUUAAGCACUCUGCUUAUCGAAAGAUUCGCAAAGCCACCAUCAACGCAUGGGCACUGAAGGUUCUGUUCGUGGUUUCGUGCAUGAUCAUCACCGUGCUGCUCAUCAUCCACAAGUACCAGAGCCUAUCGAAUUUCAAAAAGUCACUUCUCUACCGGUACGCGAGUGAUGUGCCAUUUUUCGACGGCGGUCCUCGGAACAUCGACGGCAUACGGGUAGACUGGCAUGACUAUGCGUUUAUCGAGUACGAAACCGAACGAGAAGGGCCGGGUGAGCACGGCAAACCGGUCAGAUUGCAGCGACCCGAAGAUGUCAAACUGAACAAGAAGCUGUACAAAGAGAAUGGCUAUUCAGCUGUAAUCAGUGAUAAGAUCGCUAUAGACCGAUCGAUACCCGACAUUCGACAUCCUCAGUGCCGACAGAAACGCUACCUGCAGGAUUUACCGAAUGUCAGUGUGAUCAUUAUAUUCUACAACGAGCAUUGGAGCACAUUGUUACGAACCAUUUACAGUGUAUUGAAUCGAUCUCCAGAGCAUUUGCUCAAAGAAAUCAUACUGAUCAACGACCAUAGCACCAAAAAUUUCCUCUGGAAACCACUACGUAAUUUCGUAGAAAGUGAACUUGCCCCGAAGGUCAAACUAAUUGACCUUCCGGAGCGGUCGGGGUUGAUUACCGCCAGGUUGGAAGGAGCCAAUGUUGCAAGCGGAGAUGUACUGAUCGUUCUUGAUUCACAUACCGAGGUUAAUGUGAACUGGCUACCACCUUUGAUCGAACCAAUCGCUCAAGACUACAGGACGGUAGUGUGUCCGUUCAUUGACGUAAUCUCGCACGAAACUUUUGAAUAUCGUUCCCAGGAUGAAGGCAAGCGUGGUGCAUUCGAUUGGAAGUUUUAUUACAAACGUUUACCGUUAAGACCGGGCGACGCAAGCGAUCCUACCGAACCGUUCGAAAGUCCUGUUAUGGCUGGGGGUCUAUUUGCAAUUAGCGCCAAGUUUUUCUGGGAGCUUGGCGGUUACGAUGAAGGCCUCGAUAUUUGGGGAGGUGAACAGUAUGAAUUGAGUUUCAAAAUAUGGCAAUGUGGAGGCCGAAUGGUGGAUGCUCCGUGCUCCCGUGUUGGGCAUGUGUACCGUGGCCAUUCACCAUUUCCAAACCCAAGAGGCGUAAAUUUUGUGACAAGAAACUUCAAACGAGUGGCAGAGGUUUGGAUGGACGAGUACAAACAGUUCCUGUACGAUAGGAAUCCUCAAUUUGACAAAAUCGAUGCGGGAGACCUUACCGAACAGAAAGCAUUGAGGGAAAAACUGCAGUGUAAACCUUUCAAAUGGUUUCUAGAAGUAGUUGCCCCUGAUCUAUUGCUGCGGUAUCCUUUGCGGGACCCGUUACCCUUUGCUUCGGGUCGAAUUCACAGUAUAGCCAAUCCUAGGUUAUGCCUUGAUUCCUUGAAUCAUAAAGCUAAGCAGCCGAUCGGAGUAUUCGGUUGCGCGGACAACAAAACCCAUCCGCAAAACAAUCAGUUCUUCACGUUGACCCACUAUCGCGAUAUUCGGGUGGCCAGUGUUGAGAAAUGCUUAGAUGCCUCUGAGGAUGAGUCAGAGGUUAUCCUGUUCAAUUGCCAUGAAUCCCAGGGAAACCAGCUCUGGCAGUAUGACUUAGAUAAUCAUUUGAUUCGGCACGGCAAACCAGUUCGGAAUCAGUGUCUCGAUCUGGUUGGCAAAAAGGUAACUGUUUCCCGAUGUGACCAUCGCAAGAAGACCCAACGGUGGGAAUGGGGUUUCGCCAACAUUACUAUGCUGAGAAAUUGGGAGAAAUAUGGCGCAAAGCUACAUGCGUAGAUCGAAAUUAAAUAAAUAAAUUUUUGUAAAUAAAACUGUAAAUUGACAUUGAAAGUAGCCUUACCAAAUUCGAUCAUUGUAGGUUUAUGUUUCAUACUCGUAGGUUGCACAGCAGGGUAAUGCAAAUCUAUCUCGAAGGAAUUACAGUGAAUUUAUUAUAAUGAAAUAGAGGGAAAUUCAGUUUGGACACCAGCACCACACCCCAGCAGAAUUUGAAAAAGUUUUUGAAUUUAUAUUUAAAGUUCUUGUAACCCCCUACCCCCCUUUUCAAAUUGGUUUUCAAAAUCGGAAGGCAAAAACAAUUGUUGGACAUGACUAAAAGCUUUUAUAUAAAAUAGAUUGGUUGUGGACUCUACAGCCUAAAGAACUCGAAAAUGAAUGUUAACGCUUCUAGUAGGAAACAAAAGCGUUCCAAAAAGCGGAAAAAAAUUCUUUCGAUUUUGUGUCUUUUAUGGUAGGUUUUCGCAUGAAAAAUAAUAACGUGUGUAUGAAAAGCAAAAACAUAGAUUUGAUUAAAGUUUAAG